CGGACGAGUUCUGUUUGGCUUGUGCAAAAUUUGUUGUCGCGGGCGAUUUGACAACCGCUCAUCGCGGCGAUGGCGGCGCUAGCGGCGGCCGUGGUCCCCUUGAGGCUCGCAGCGGGUCUCGGUCUGUGUUCCCGCCUCUUGUCGCGACGAGGGAGUUUUCUGGGAUCGGACGUGACGCCAUUCAUGCCGCCCACGUCAUUGGCCAAGAAUGGUAGUGUUAGGAACGGAGUGGUGCCGCGGAGGCCUGGCAGGAGGGUGCAUACGACCGCCUUGGCGGCGGCGGCUGCGGGGCCGGGAAGGGAGACGGAAACGGGGGCGGGGGCGACAUCCUCGGGGACCGCGGGUCCGUAUAAAUUGCCGGACCUCCCUUACGAUUACAACGCGCUGGAGCCUUUCAUAGAUACAGCGACGAUGCGGGCGCAUCACGACGGACAUCAUGCGACAUAUGUGAGCAAGCUGAACGAGGCCAUUCAGGAUAAAGGACACCUGACAGGGGCGACGCUACACCAGCUGCAGAAGGCCGCUAUUAAGAGCGGUGCCGCGGUGCGCAACAAUGCUGGAGGUCAUUAUAAUCACAGCCUGUUUUGGACGUAUAUGGCACCGCGCGGUAUGGCGGCACGUGAACCGUCAGGCAAACUGAAGGAUGCGAUUGGGGAGACAUUCGGCUCUUUCGAAAAGUUUCAAACAUUGUUCAAUGGAGCCUGCGCAGGAGUGUUCGGCUCCGGUUGGGUGUGGCUGGGUGUUGCGGAGGAUGGGCGUCUGUCGAUAGAGACGACCGCAAACCAAGACAAUCCUCUCAUGGAGGGUGUGGUUCUGAGCAAGAACACUGCCAGUGGCGAUCGGGUCGCCCACACGGGGGGGAGGAGCAGCAUUAUACCCUUCAUGGGCCAGGAUGUGUGGGAGCAUGCUUAUUAUCUCAAGUACCAGAAUAAGAAAGUGGAGUACUUUUCAGCCUGGUGGAAUGUCUUGAACUGGGACAAGAUCUGUGAGUACUACGAGAAGUACGCAGCCAAGGGGCAGUACAUCCCUGUGGAAAUGUAGAAAUCACUUUUACAGUUACCGUAGACUCAGUGUAGAGUAGCGUGGGAAGGUGGUCGACGGUUGGGUAGUAACUUUUUUUUUUUUUUUUUUUUUUUUGCGGUAGUAACUUUGAUCAUAAUGUGGAAGCUGAGGAGAAAAAUAAAUCCCACUGGAACUACAAAUGUAGAGAAGCCUGUCAGUGAGCAGCAUGUGAAGGAGGUGACACAAGGGAGGUCCCAGUGGGGGGAGGAUUGUACUACUGUACUACUGAGUCUACUGAGUCUACUGCGUCUACUGAGUCUACUGUCUUCACUCGAAUAGAACAAUGCCUGCAAGUGGUCAUUACCAUAGCUGUGUUUGGGCUAACUUCCACUCAGAUACACGGGUAAUCUUCAGUCCAGAUACGACAAUAAUGACCGUGCGUUCUGCCCCGUCGACGCCGUCGUUAUAGCUGUAUUUGCGACGAAUUCCAGUUGAGAUACCGCCGUGAUAAUGACAUUGUCCAGUCUAGAACCUAAUACAACGAGAAUGAUGGGCGUUCUGUUCGCGUGAAGAUGGCAGGAAACGGAAAUGAUCCCACUGCAAAUGGAGAUGUAGAAAGUUUGAAUAUAGAUGUAGAAAACAGAAAAGAUGUAGAAAGUUCGAAUACAGAUGUAAAAACUAGAAAGUUGGAAAACGUCCCACUGUAAAUGGAGAUGUUGAAGCAGGUUUGUGAAAUAUAGGAAGGGAGAGAAAAAAAAAAGAAAAGUGUUAAGGGAAGGCGGCAUGGAGAGUCCUCGGGAACGUCGGAUACCCAAGCAGGCAGGUUCUUCUGUGAAGGUUUAGUUAUGAAAUAAGGAAUGGAAAAGAAGGGGAGAAACACUGAAAGCAGAGGUCCACCAGUGCAAAACGAAUGCGGCCUGGGGAACCCCCUGAGCAGGUGUAAGAAGCCGAAGCAGGUCUGUGGAGGGUCUAGUUACAAAGAAGAAGAGGAUAGAAAGGAGGGAGAAACAGAUGAUAUUAAACAGUGCAAAAUUACUGUAGAAACCCUCUAAGAAGGUGGACGACGGUCUCAGAGACGGGACUCGAGACAGAAAUCACAGCGGUGGCAAUCAUGUACAAAAAGCCUGAGCAAGAGAGGGGGAAGUAGACAUGGUGAAGAAUUAAAAUGGGCACAUUGAUCUUGAGUUGCAGAACGUUGCGUCACUUUGCGUGUAUUAUAUGAAUAUAUGACCAACGGCCCGGGCAAUUACUGUGCAGUGGAGAUUGUGCCUGGGGAUAGAGCACACUUGACUUCCUGUUGCGAUAAUUGCUUUUUUUUUUUUUUUUUUGCAUUUUUCUAAUUUCUGCAUGUGCAUGCUCGUUCGUCUGUCUGUCUGUCUGUCUGUCUGUCUGUCUGACUGUCUACAUUUGCAUUUGAUUUCCGCGCUGCACGGAUUUGCACUGCACGCUAAACCUCUCUGUGCACUGAAUUUCGAUAGUCUCAUGUUACUUUGCAGUCCAUCAGUGUUCCUUGAGCUCAUUUUACUUCCUGUUGUCAUUGCUCUUUUUUUCCUUUUUCUUUUCUUUUUCGCUGCGCUGCAUGCAUGUGCGCACUUGUACUUGUCUUCCUGCAAUAAUUAUUGCAUUUUGCAACCACAUGCUGUAUUGCACUGGAUGCGCAUACUAAAACUUCUCUCUGCACUGAAUUUUGAUUCAACUCGUGUCUCUGCAACGCCGUUAAUAUUGCUAGAGCUCA